AUGCGUCUUCAGUCGUUGGACUGGACCGAAGAAUACUAUGGCGACAAAGUGGAUAUCUCUGGCCGUGACAGCCGCAGAGUUGGCACCUCUUCCCAGACCAACAAUUCGGGCCCACACAAGCUGCAAACGCACCGACAACUGGACAAGCGCCCGUGCCGCUUCUGUCCUUACUCAAGCUCUUCCUCAACGGCUGUCGCCAUUCACGAGAGGACUCACACUGGUGAGAGGCCCUUCCCAUGCGGCGUCUGCGAGAAAACGUUCACGAAUAAGACUAACUUGAUAGCUCAUGUUAGAAUUCACACCGGAGAGAAGCCGUUUAAGUGCAACACGUGCAGCAAGGCGUUUACUCUGAAACGCAACUUGGCGGAUCACGAAAGAAUUCAUACAGGAGAGAAGCCGUUCAAGUGCAACACAUGCGGCAAGGCGUUUACUAUGAAAUGCACCUUGGCGGAUCACGAAAGAAUUCAUACAGGAGAGAAGCCCUUCAAGUGCAACACGUGCGGCAAGGCGUUUACUCUGAAACGCAACUUGGCGGAUCACGAAAGAAUUCAUACAGGAGAGAAGCCGUUCAAGUGCAACACGUGCGGCAAGGCGUUUACUCUGAAACGCAAAUUGGCGUAUCACGAAAGAAUUCAUACAGGAGAGAAGCCGUUCAAGUGCAACACGUGCAGCAGGGCGUUUACUCUGAAAUGCACUUUGGCGGAUCAUGAGAGGACUCAUACUGGAGAAAAGCCGUACAGGUGCGGGACCUGCAGUAGAGUGUUUGCGUCUCAUAGCAGUUUACGCCAACAUCGGUAUACACAUCAUAAGUGACCGCAACUCUCACGUGAACCAUAGCUGUGGAGGGAAUUUAAAAAAAUACUCAAGCUCCGACGUGUGUUUAUCUCAUUUGGGGAUACACCUGCAGGGGUUCUACUUGCGAGCGGUGUAGGUUUUUCAUUGUUUUAAAUAUUUCAGCCUGUUAUUUUUUGUGUUAUGACCGAUAAAAAAGUGAAUUUACCUUAAAAAUGACGGCCACGGUUCUUUUUGUGCACAAAAAAAAUACUGGAAGCAUAGAAUUUUUUUUUGUCAUCUAGAGUCAUUAAUUACAUGCUGCACCUGGAGUCCCUGAAUUGUCUGUUGGGUCAUUGAUCUUGCUUUCAAGCAGUGUUGUACACGUUCCUAAAAAAAAGAGGAACGAAAGGUCGUUCCUCGUUGCUUCCGAUUAUUAAAACGCGUUCCUGUUACAAGUUCCACAUGUGAAAAAGGAACUCGUUCCCGUUACAGCGCAAAAAAUGGAACGUAUCGUUACAUAUACAUAACAUUUUAUUUUGCUGAUUUUUGUUUUGUUUUUUAAUCUAUCCCAUCAAAUGGCAACGUACGAAUUUGAAUGCCUUGAUGGAAGGGCACACGGAGAAGAAAGCAAGCGGAAGCAGGGCUUCAUUUGUUGAUAUAUUCACCUUUAAAACUAUCAGCCUUUAACCACGUUUAUGUUUGUGGUGGGCGAAUUCAAACGAGCCAGUUAUACUGUUACCCCACAAUGCAUGAGCGUUUUACAACAACCUCACACGUUUCAGUCUAACAAAGUCCCGUGAUCGAACUUAACAACAGUUACUUCUCGAUGUUGCUGUCCGCAAAACGAGCAAGUGAAAAAGGGGGCAGGGCUUUUUGAAGGUCAGUCAUGAAACUUACAAGUUCUUCUUUGUGAAGGUUUGAUUCGUUGUUCCGUUUGAAGGUGGGGUACUAGGGAAAAAGGAAUAAAGGUUAAUUUUUGUGUAUCUUUUUUUAAGUGAGCAAUGUUCGGUAUAGAAGGGUGCGUUCGAUGUCCCGUAACUUGUUUUUUGUUGUAACUCUAGGUCUCUUUGUGAAAGUUCAAUGAUCUCUAUAGUCGGCUUUAUAUUUCUGGGUGUAUGAGGAUUUGUGGAAGCAAAGAAAUUAGAAAAGUUUGAAACGUCCUUCUUUCUGUCUCAUUUCCUUUGACUAAACGUUUUGCUUUUGAUACCGCAGUCUCAAACACUGAAAAAAGGAUAAUUGUCCGCUAGCUCUCCUGCAGCCGACUGCUACUUAAACAAGGACCACACAAAAUGAACCAUUAGAUAAUUAACCAAGAAAUUAACGAGAUUCUGCUCUUCGUAAAAAUAUUAUUUUUAUACUUUCAGAAUUUCCCGCUUAGAACUUAAAAAAAAAAA